AUGGCCACCAUCUCUGCCGCCACCGCCGCCGCCGCCAUCUUGCCGGAAAAGAUGGGCGGUCGUGAUCCGGUCCCGAUCGAGAUAGGUGCACGUGGUACAGUGGGAAACCUUGUGAUGAAAGAGAUAGAGUAUUUCAAGAAACUUGAGUUGGGUCGUGGUGAUCAUGACAAUUGUUCGAGAAGAAACUUUUUUCAUCCCGAUAAGAAGCACGGUGGCGAUGGGGGUGGUUCAAAUUUUUGGCCUAGUUUCGGGUUCUUAAACGUCACGUGGCGGCGUGCGAAGAGAAAGGGUGGUGGUGGUGGUAGUAGUGGUAGGUUUUUGCCAAGAAUGUGCACCGUGGUGGAUGUCGCUGAGAGCCGCCAUCAUAACCACCAUAGAUUGAGCAAGAUUCCUAGCUUCGGGUACCGAAACCUUAAAGACGACAUUGACCACUUCGAGGUUUAA